UAAAUGUUCGAACGCGAACAGGGAAGCGCAUCUCGGUUGAUAUUGCUCAACCGCUUCCAGAAGACUAUCCGGAUAUCCAGGAGAAUAAUAUCUAAUACAAAAAUUUGUGUAUAUUAAGCAUUUAAAUCGAAUUGUCAUCGUAGUAAACUUAUACUAGAAAAAAAAUAUUUCAACAACAAUUUAAACAUUGAACGGUGAUUGUUAAGCAAUUUAAAAAUAUCCUGAUAAUCGUGUCGUUUGUUCACUGAUAUCGUAUCGAUAUGGAUACGAUAAUACAAGACAGUGUUUUGAUUGCAUCAAAACGUAAAAUUAUUGAUCUAUUAAAGUCUGAAUUUAUAUUUUUCCAAUGUAAUCAGCUGUGACAACAUGGCGAUCACGCCGUAGAUUACUUGCCCGAUUUAAAUUAAGACACGCGAUCUAGAAACAGAACUGCAGUUAUUUGUAUUCGCUGCUCGUGUAAACGACUCUGAGAAGACUGGACUUUUUCAUUAACAAAACGUCACAUUUCCGGAUUUCUCCAUCAGGUCUAUGUGGCACUAAAGACUGGCCGCUAAAGGGAUAGAAGAAGACUCAAGACCAUUUUCCUUAUUAUCAGAAUUGUUCUUUAAUUGUAAUUGCCUGCUCUUUUAUUACAAACCAGAAGUUUUUACUUAUACUUAAUCUAAAACAGUUUGCAUAUAUUAAAAGUUGAAAGAAUUUUUGACGCAUUUUUAAAUAAUUUAUUAAAAAUAUAGUGAAAAUACGUCAUUCGUAGACGUGCGUAAAAAAAUUUGAAAAAGAAAAUAUAAUAAGCGCAGUUCUAAAUACAACGAGAUUUUAUUAAAAUAGUUGGAAAUGUAUUUCGAAGAAAUAUAACCGAAGUAUAAAUCAAGAUUACCGAUUACCGAUUACCAAGAAACUUCUAACAUUGCAAUUAAAAGAUAACGAGACAGCUGCCUUAAAAUUCAAACAAGUAAUGUUACAAGUAAGUAAAGGGAGAUGACAUCAUUGUACACAGCAGUCAAAUUGUACCAUAUAUUAGAUGCUGUUUGUAAGACUCCUAGCAAAUAUGUCUGAUAUCAGAAAGGUAGAAACCUGUAACUUAUAAGCAGUGAAUUUGUCGCAAAAACGUGCAGUAUAAUCAGAGAAGUUUCAUGGACUAUACGAGCAAGAAACUUCGUACAAGUUUUUUGAAAUAAUUUAUAAAUUAUUGUAAAGCGCGAUAGACGUUUGCUUCACAUCAGAAAGAAAAGUGGAAAACUAGUAAUAGACAUGGUAAACAACCAACAUUGUGUUAUUAUAAAUUCGGGAGAGACCAACAACUAUCACCAACCGGUCUCUGCGAAACCCUCUGUUGUAUCUGUAUCGAGUAUCGAUUCUGAUGUGAGCGACAGAAGGGAUGUGCGUGAAGAGCUUUAUGCUGGAAUAUUCAGAAGACACAGGAAAACUAUACUUGUCCUAGGCAGUUUUCUCAAGAUGUUAAGGAGAUGCUUGGACAGAUUGCAUGUUCUGAACCGAGUAUAUGCCUUAAUUGCUUUACAAUUCGAAAUUGCGCUGCAACAAAAAUUUUGGUGAAACCAUGAGAUUUCAGUUUCUAGUCUGGUUCAAUCUGUUUCAGUUUGUUCAUUUAUAAUUGCAGAAUACAUUUCUCUAUGAUAACAAACUAUUUCUCUUUGUCUUUUUAGCUUUUUAUCAAAAUGUUUGAAUAAACAAGAUUUAUAAUAUUACUCUGUAACUAAAAGAGUAAUUACUGCCAAUCAUAUUUAACAUUUCUUUACUCAUGUUUGUACGUGUAUUAAAUAAUGAUAUAGUUCGAGUGAAAAAAUAAAUGCUAAUUCAUUUUUUCGGAGUGGAAUAAUAUUUUUUUAUUAACAAGGCUACAGUUCAUGAAUUUAAUAUCUAUUGUAAUUUAAAGCAAAUAAUACUAAGAUUUUUUUACAUUUAUAACAUUAGCGCAAAUAUCAAAUUACUGCCUUAUUAACAAAUAGUUUCAUAAAUGAAAUUUUCAUUUGUUAGUAUUUAAUGUACGUUCGUAUCUAAAUAAUUUUCAGUUAUCUGCAAAAUUUAUACUUGCUAGUUUCUGUACAUCAAAUACUGCCAAUACAAGAUACAUCAUGAUAAAACCAUAAUCACAUAACGAUUCGAUCGUCCUCACAUUUUAGCCGAACCAUUUAUUGUCGUAAGACUGAGAAAUGUGCUUUUCCAGGGCAUCAUAUGUGCCAUAGUAAUUAUUAGAUAAUC